GUUACACUAUUCAGUUCCACCAGAGCCAGACGAUACACAGAUAAUGGACAUACGACCUGUUGCCAGGAUUGUCGUCCUCAUAACAUGGUUCAAGUUCGGAGUUACGAAGUCUCAAGAAGAUAUACACCAACUACUAAACACCUUGUUCGACAACUACAGUGUUCUUGUCAGGCCCUCACACGACAAGGAAAAGCCAACAAAUGUGAACGUUGUGUUUACUAUGAAACAGAUGGAGAACCUGGACAUGAAAACAGAAACAAUGAAGUCGUUGGGAUUUUUCAGUAUUACGUGGACAGACGAGUUCCUGGUGUGGAAGCCCGAGGACUUUGGGUUUGUGAAAUACAUCACUGUCACUGAAAACAUGAUAUGGACACCAGAUUAUGUUAUUGACAAUGAUGUUAGUGUAAAGAAGCGUAUGGGAGACGGCAGAAACCUUGUGGUCGUCAAAUCUAACGGCACUAUCAUUUGGGAACCUGGAUAUGUCGCUUCAACUUCCUGCAACAUCGACAUCACAUACUUCCCCUUCGACACACAAGUGUGCUCCAUUAGCAUACUUUCAUGGAUGACAACAAACGCAUACCAACAUACGACUUCGAUAGAGGGUGUUUCUUUGCGUUGGUAUACUGAAAAUGGAGAGUUUCAAAUGAUCUCUGCAUGGGUGAAUUCAACGUUGAGCGCAAUGACUCACAUUGAAAAUGAAACACUCGAGGGAUUAGAUUUCUUCUUCGUUCUUAAGCGGAGAAGAACCUUCUACUGGUUGUGUCUGGUGUCACCACUGCUGGUGUUCCCCUUGCUGAGUCCUCUGAGUUUCCUGGUUCCUGCAGACAGUGGGGAGAAGACGACCCUGGCCAUCACAUCUCUACUAUCAGUCUUUGUGUUCAUGUCGUCCAUCUAUGAGACGUUGCCGAAGCUGUCGAACCAUGUCUCACUAUUCGUGUUACUGGCAUCCAUACAAAGCUUUAUCAGCUUCCUCUCUGUAGUAGGCAACGUCAUCAUUUUGAGCAUAUACAGACUCCCACCCGAACACCGCGUUCCCAGAUGGAUGACGGGGCUUGCGGCCAAACGUAAGGGCUUAACGCCUGAAUUGAUGAACCAUGUUCCAAAUAAUGAGGAAUCCGAACUAUUCAACAGAAGUGACAUGAGUACCAAGGACAAAAGUCGUGACAAUGUUCACAUUACUUGGCCGGUGGUCGCUGGAUUUCUGAACAAAAUAUGCUUUGUUGUUUUUCUUUUUGCUGUGACAAUUGUGACUGUUGUAUUUGGGGUAUUGAUAUUUGUUUAGUUCAUAAUCAGUGGGACCCCAUUUUACACCAGUCAAAAAUGCUAAAUAAGAAUGAAAUAUAUCUGAAAGAAGGAGAUCAUUAAAUAUAAAUGUCAUGAUCGGUUGUCAAAAGAAGCUGUUAACAGUGACUUCUAGGGAAGGAUCAGUUUCGGAACCAAAACCUAACACCCGUAACAUUUCACGUGCAAAAUACAAUACCUUCGUGCGCGUGGGCGAGGGAUCAUUCUUGAUUUUUACUCGAAAGUGAAAAAUCGCCCUGCGCCAUUAUCAUAAACCUACACGGAUAUUAACCACUGUUUGGGACGACGUUAAUUGUUUCUCCGUAAUAGCAUCGUAUGCGUCUAAGGAGGUUUUACUUUUUCCACGGCACGAAUUGUGUUAACGAACCCACAACCUUCUGAUCAGUAAUCAGGCACUCCAACCAUUAGACCUCAGAACUGGUUGAAGACAUAUGGUUCAUUAAAGGUACCAUUUGACAGAAAUGAACCUGGUACUUUUCUGAGAUUUUAAAAAGUUAAGCAAAUUUACACUUAUCUUCUCGACACUUGGUUGCAUGGUUGUUUUUUAAAAAGUGUCUUUCUCAGGAACCAAUUUACACAAACGUUGAACUUUGCGAUCACAACAGACAUUGUCAUAUGAACGCAGAAAUGUCCUUAUGCAAUUAAUGAAGAUCCGGCAUAGAAUAGGUCUUUAGCAACCAAUGCUUGCCGUAAAAGGCGACUAUGCUUGUCGUAAAAGGUGACUUACGGGAUCGAGUGG